AUGGCGAGCGCCGCGGGCGGCGGGGAGGAGGAAGGCGGGGAGCGCGGGUGUCCGGGGCCCGACGAGCGUUCGGAGCCGGGACGCUGCCCCGAGGGGGAGGAAGCGGCGGCGGCAGCGGACGGCGGGGGCCGGCGCUGGGGAGCGCAGCACGCAGGAGCCCGCGAACUGGCCCAGCUCUACUCCCCAGGCAAGCGGCUCCAGGAAUGGUGCUGCGUGAUCCUCUGCUUCUCCCUCAUCACCUUCAAUCUGUGCCAUCUCCUGCGGCUUGCCAGCCUGGAGCACACACAUCUGGUGCUGCUGGGAAUAUUUGCAGGGGCCCUCAUCGCUGACUUCCUAUCGGGGCUGGUGCAUUGGGGGGCCGACACCUGGGGCUCUGUGGAACUACCUGUGGUGGGAAAGGCUUUCAUCCGGCCCUUCCGGGAGCAUCACAUUGACCCCACAGCCAUCACUCGGCACGACUUUGUUGAGACCAAUGGGGACAACUGCCUAGUGACGCUGCUGCCUCUAGUGAACAUGGCCUAUAAGUUCAACACCCUAAGCCCUGAUGAACUUUAUCAGCUCUAUCCCUGGGAGUGUUUUGUCUUCUUCCUCGUCAUCUUUGGGACCUUCACCAACCAAAUUCACAAAUGGUCUCACACCUAUGUUGGGCUUCCCCGAUGGGUCACUUUCCUCCAGGACUGGCACAUCAUCCUACCCAGAAAGCACCACCGAAUCCACCAUGUGUCCCCCCAUGAGACCUACUUCUGUAUCACCACAGGCUGGCUCAAUUACCCAUUGGAGAAGAUUGGAUUCUGGAGACGGUUAGAGGAUAUUAUCCAAGGACUAACUGGAGAAAAGCCCAGAGCAGAUGAUAUGAAAUGGGCCCAGAAGAUAAAGUAGUCCCCAACAGCUUUCCUAUGAGCUCUAACCUUGUUGCCACCCUUUCCAAACAGCGUCUCUCUCUUUCUCUUACACACACACACACACACACACACACAGACACACACACACACACACACAGACACACACACACACACACACACACACACACACACACACACCCCUCCCUCCCCAUCCGCCAAGUGCCAGACUUGAAGUGAAAAUACUUGGAGACCUGCUCAGUAGAUGGGCAGCACCGAUGGCUUCUCUCUCCUUUGAAGCAAAGAUGCUACUUGACAUGUAACAGAUUAACAUGGGGGAAGGGAGGGUGGGGCAGGGCCCAUGUACCUGCUGGCCAGCAUCCCUGGGGCUGCCUGUCAUCUCUAAGAGUAAGGUGUCCCCCUCCUCACAGAAGCAUCCCAUGGAAACACAAGGGAGCUUAUGGAGAAGGAAAAAACCUGCUCAAUGAGGAGUUGGUUGGCAUUGUCACCACGUUUCUGCACUGCCUAGGAGAGCCUGGGGCAAAAUGGAGACUGGAGGAAGAGCAGAAGGUGGAGGGUUAUCCUGACUUAGACUCUGGUCCAUUAGGGUUUUUAGUUUUUAUUUUGAAUGCAGUCCCCCAAGGCUGCUCUGCAUGAAAACAGCCCACAGAGCCCAAAGAGCCCACACAACAGUCAGAUCUUCUUGCACUCAGUGAUCAUUCACCAUAGUGUUUCCUUUAUGCCCUUGGGACUGGGGUUACCUGAAGGCCUAACUGACCUCCUAUUGGGCUUAAAAAGCAAGGGAAGAAGCUUCCCUGGGCUAGUCUGGUCUCCCCCUCUACCAAGACUGAGGGAGAUCCAUAUGUGACCUGUGCUGGCCCCCUGACUCCCAGCUCAGUUCAGGAACCCCGCCUACCUACCCAUCUCCCAGGAACAGACUUGAGCCGGACAUUUCCCUUUUCAUCGAAAGGCGAUAAUUCAGUUGGUGCUAGAGAUGUUUCUUUGCACUGCAAGAGCCAUGAGCUAAGAUGAUGACUGGAUGGGAGGGAAAUGAUAGCCCUUUUGGAGAAGGGUUGUUAAGAGAGGAGAGUAUUGUUUUUUUUAAGGUGCUUGCUUGUUUAAUGUAAAUAAUAUAAAGCCUUAAUAUCUUUUCUGUAACAUGGAAUAAUAUUUUACGGUGAUGUUUUGAAUGUAUAUAAUAUAUUUAUAACAAAGCA